CCCGCCCCGGCCGUUCCUGCGGCAGCCCAGGCCCGCGCGCCCCCCGCAAGGAGAGGGCUCGGAGGCCCAGCAUGGCGGCGACGGCGAGCCUUACGCGCGCACAGAGGAAGCUGGGGCGGCUCCACCACAGAGCGAGCAAAACUGUUCUGUCAACCUCACCACAUCACACCCAGACCUGAACCCCCACACCCUGCCUAUGCAGGUCCAUGCAUCUUUGGCUACAGGGCCCAGGCAAAAUGAUGGCACGUUUUAUGAAAUUCGUACCUAUGAUGUUAAGCCAUCCAAGAUGAAGGAGUUCGUGGAAUUGGUCAAUAAACAUAUCCACCUUCGUGCAGCUCAUUCAGAAAUGGUUGGAUUCUGGACUGUGGAGUUGGGGGGCAUGAAUAAGGCCAUCCAUAUUUGGAAGUUUGAUAACUUUGUCCAUAGAGCUGAAGUCCGGAAAGCACUAGCCAAUGAUAAAGAAUGGCAAGGAAAAUUCCUGUCUCCAGUUCUGCCCUUCUUGAAUAAACAAAAUAAUGAAAUUGUUUACCUGGUACCUUGGUGUGAGAUUGGGAAGCCUUCAAAGGAAGGGGGUGAGCUUUAUCUGUCUUUGUAUUGAUUAAAGCUAUCCAUG